AUUGUAACAAACUCAGUUGGGCAGAACCCCGACUGGCAACGCACGCGUCCAUCUUUAUAACGAAAACCCAGUGAUACAUCGGCAUCACGCACGACCAGUCGCAAAGCCAAUAGCAGUGUUAGACUCAUAAAACGAACGGAACUAGUUACCCAUAAAUAUAGUUAAGCAUUAAUAUAAUUAGCGAAUAAUUCGUGGCAGUGUUAAUUUUUAAAAAAUUCGACAAGCAUAUAACCUUAACAAAUAUAUAUUUUAUGUACACGAAGAAUAUCGAUUGGAAUUGAAACAAUAUUUUUCUCUUACUUCACCUCUAGCGAUACACUCAUCGCCAAAGAUAAGAAUAAUGGUGAAUUGUAUGUUAAAUAAUAGCAUGAGAGUGAAAGUGAUCUUAAUUGUGAAACGAAACGUUCCGAUCAGCUCCUUUUAAAAAUUUUACCAGUGGAUCAUUCGGGUCUGAGGAAAAUCGUGAAUCCGAUCGCGAAUAAUUAUUUAUUGAUAAAUGUUCGAUUAGAGCAACGUCAAAAAUAAUAUCUAAGUGGAUCGUGCACCGUAGGUGACGUCACAAUUAAAAAUUUUCAUUCAAUCCAAUCAAUUGAUCUGAUCGAACUGGAUAAAUUUUGCCAAACCGGAAAUGAGUGAUCAUGAAGGCAAUAAAAGGGAACACAGUCUUCUCUGCUUGACCGCUAUUUACGUGAUCCACGUGGUACUCUUCCACGUGUUUCUACCCCCGAAACUGUCAGUCACGAAAAUCACCCUCACGUCAAAGUUCGACGAGCUAUCCACGAUCUGGAGAACUCACUCGGCUAGAGAUAACGAAACGAGACAUUCAACGUUUCUAAUGGCUAACAUAACGUCGGGCAUAAGAAACAAUAAUAGUGAAAUUUUGAAAAAAUCUUUUAAUAACGAAUCACCAAAAUUAAUGGAGGCCAUCGCAGGACAAUUUCCACAGCAGGUUUCCAUUCAAGACCUCAGAGGGAAACACAUGUGCUCCGGCAAUAUUAUUCACAAGGAUUGGAUUCUCACUGCCGCCCACUGUAUGUACUCGUCCGAGAAAUCGUUAUUAUUGAAAAAUAUCAACGUUCAUGCCGGUGACGUUCGAUUAGGCGAGUUUUCCGAAUUCUCACAGAGGAACGAAGUAAUUAAAAUAUACGUCCAUAAGUAUUACGACAAUGAGUCGAUGGAGAAUGACGUUGCUUUGCUGCAGCUCAAAUCAUCACUUUCAUUGGAUGAUUUGAUAGUGUCUGCUGUACGUGUCCGAAACUCUGACGUACCAACUUCUACGGAAUGUAGCAUCGCUGGUUGGAAUGUUGGCAGUCCUAAUAACCAAAACAACGACGCUCUUCUAUACGAGAGCGUCGCCAUCAUGCAGCGUGACGUGUGCGGAGCUAUUUAUUAUAAGCAAUCUAGAAAUUCCAAAAGCAUGAUGUGUGCUAAACAUGUUGAUGAUAAUAGAAAUACGUGUCUGGCUGAUUCUGGAGCUGGUUUAAUUUGUGGGAAUGGUCUGACUGGUAUUUUAAUAAGGAAAAACUGCACGUCCAUUCCGAUUCCUUCUCUUUAUAUGGAUAUACGUCUUUACGUCGAUUGGAUCAAAGAAAUAACGAAUUUAACAACGUCGUACGAUGGCAAAAGCUUUCGUGCGUCUAUGACGUCCACCUCAGCGACAUCAUCUGUCAACAGUAGGAACUUCAGCCCUACUGCUUUAGGAAUAUUUCUUGGCUGUCUGGCAUUUUUAUUAACAUUUACAGAUCACGACAGAACGAAGGCUUAACGUUGGAUAUAAUGUGGUAAUAGGAAUUUUAAAUCUUUUAUAUUUUUAUCAUGUGCAAACUUCAUUGCUGUAUGCUAUUCAAUGUACUCAUGCGAUUGCAUUAAUUAUUGAGCUUAGAAUAAUUUCUUCAUACUUCUCAUGUUAGAGCCAAUAUCUAUAUUAUUAUUAUUAGUAUUAUUAUUACUGAUAUGGUAUACUCUUCCUAAUUUUAUUGUAACAUUGUAACAUUUCACAUUGUUUUCAUUAUCAACAGCUAAGAUUUUGCGUUAUAGGCUUCAUUGUUAUAAUAUUUAUGACGUAUACUGAAAACAUUUCUCGCAGUGUACGUUUUAUCAUUUGUGUAUAUAUCUGUAUACAUAUAUCUUACGAAACUGUGAUUGCAAUGAUAAUUAAAUACGUAUGAAACAAGUUACAUGUAUAGUUUUACAAUACGUUAAUAAGCACGGAACGCGUAAGUACAAUGUCACAAGUAAGAUUAACGUUUAAUAAAAUAAUUUCUUCAGGAUGUA